AUGAAUGCUUGUCUUGCAUUUAACUCUGAUGGCUCUAUUUCUUACGGUUUGCAAGUUAAAUCAGUUCUACUUGAACAAGUGAAAGAAGCACAAAAGUUGGACGAAAAGCUGGGGAAGUUGAUCAAAGAAGCUCAAAUUAGAGAAAAACUUGAUUUUAAAUUAAGGGAGGAUGGUGUUCUACUUUAUCAAAAUAGGUUAUGUGUCCCUAAAGAUGAAAAUUUGAGGAAAGAAAUUUUGGAUGAAGCACAUACUUCACCAUAUGCAAUGCAUCCUGGAGGUACUAAAAUAUUCCAAACCAUUAAAGAACACUACUGGUGGAAUGAUAUGAAGAAGGACAUUGCAGAGUUUACUUCUAGUUGCUUAGUUUGUAAACAUAUAAAGGUCGAGCAUCAAGUCCCGACUGAUUUGUUACAACCCUUAUCGAUACCUAAGUGA